AUGGUCAGGGCCAUUAACAACGCAGGGCCCGGUUAUGUCGCGCCGCGCCGUAACUACGUGGGAGGGGCUGGGCUGAAGCUUUGCCGCACGGGCAUCGAGAAGGGGCUUCAGCCAAUCGCCGCUAGCUGGAAGAGGGAUGGCGUCACCGUCUCCUCGGACUUGAUGACCGAUCGGGCCGACUGCAAGGAGCUCAUGGCGGAUUGGCCGCACAUCGAGUACGUGCCGUGCGCUACGCACGUGCGCGACCUCCUGAUGGAGGAUCGGUGCGGGGACAUGAUCACCUACGUCCACAACCACCAUUUCACCCGCAAUUACCUGAGGACUGGGGCGGUGAAGGGAGGAAAGGGGAAGCACCUUGUGAAGCCGGCGGGGACCAGGUUCGGCACCAACUUCAUUGCUCUCUCGAGGCUGUGCCAGCUGCGGCCGACGUUGUCUCAGAUGGUGCUGCGCGAGGAGUACGCCAACUGGGGGAUGGGGACAAGUAAGCUGGCGGCGGAUACCUUCCGCGGCCACGUCAUGGACGACGAGUGGUGGACGAAGGCAACAUACCUCGUGGAGCUCUUGGCGCUUCCGUUCAAGGUCAUGCGGGCUACGGACAGCAACGCGAAAGGCAUGAUGGGCACCAUCUAUGACCUCAUGCUCCAGCUGACCUAG